GAAGAGGAGCUGCAUUUGGCAGCAUUGUGCGUCAGCAGCAGACGCCCACACACAACGAGCAGCCCACACCCACAUGUAGGAUUAACAGCAGCGAGAGGAGAUGAGAGACAGUGAGAGAAAGGAGAGCAGCGAAAGAAGAUGAGAGACUGCGAGAGGAAGGAUAUUUACCGGUUCGUGUUUGUGUAUGUGAGCGUAAUGUGUUUUACAAUUUCCAACAAGAAGCGGAACAAUUAUUCAUGAGAUAAAGAUGAUCAACGGAUUGAGUGUAAGCGGUGGUCAGCAGCAGGCAGCAGCAGCAGCAAAUACGAAGAAGACGAAGGCAAAGUCAGGUGGAGGUGCUGCAAUAACAUUGCACUUUGCCUACAACAAUAACAACAACAAUAGCAACAGCAGCAACAGGAACAAUUAUAAUCAUAUUACUGGCAACAAAAUGGACCAUCAAAUGAACAGCAACAAUCCAAAGGAAUCGCUAUCCACGAAGGUGCUCAAAAUAAUAGAAAGCAUCAGAGGAGGAGGUGGAGGAGGAGGAGUUGGAGGAGGAGAAGCAACAGCGGCAGGUGAAACUAUAGCAGGGGCAGUGGCAAAAGCAGUAGAAGAGGCGGCAACAGGUGGCAACAGCGCUGGUGGGGCCGUGGCAGGCCUGAACUGGUUGCCAAUGCCCAAACGGCGCACAUCUUUGCUGCAGCAAGCAGCAGUUUCGAGUAGUACCUCAGCAAACACCAAAGAGAAGGAGCAGCAGCAGCAGCAGCAGCAGCAGCAGGGGAAGAAUGCCAUCAAGCCAUCAGCCUCGUCUGCUGGUGAGUUGCCUUUGCAGCCACAGCGCACCGAAGACCAGGAGCACGCGUUUCGACUCAUCGAGGAUGUGCACAACUAUGCCAAGCUGCAGGACGACAGCGAGGACGAUGGUGAGGAUCUGCUGGACGAUGACGAGGAUAAUGAUGAUGAAGACGAGGACGAUGAUGAAGAGGAGCAACAGAGAAUGGCAGUGCCAGCGCCACUGCCAGUAAUGAGAGUGCCGCAGGAGGUGACGCGCAUCCAACUGGAGGACACCGAAGAGCAUGUGGAUGUGGUGACUGUGCCGCAGCAGGAGGAACUGGUACAGCAGCAGCAACUGCAGCUGCAGCAGCAAACAGCAGUUGAAACGGAGGACAGAAGACCCGAGCACCAUGCCCGGCGUCCGAUGAAUGCAUUUCUCAUCUUCUGCAAACGUCAUCGGGCCAUUGUCAAGGAGCGCUACAAGUCCCUGGAGAAUCGAGCCAUUACCAAAAUACUCGGCGACUGGUGGGCAGCACUCGACGAACAGGAGAAACAUUGCUUCACGGACUUGGCACAGCAGAACAAAGAUGCCUUUUUCAAUGCCAAUCCCAACUUUAAGUGGUACAAAUUGCCAGCUCCACCGUUGCGCACACUGGCCACACGUCCCGGAAAUGCCACAGCGACUGCUGCCAGCGAUGGCCAACUGCUCGAGGAGCACCCGCAGCAAGUGCCGCUGCAGUGGGAGCAGCGCAAUGAGCUGACCGCCUCCCUCUCCGCCGCCAAGUUGCUGCGUGGCAACUUCUUCAAGCUGGCCGAUGAGACACAAAUGGGUGAGCUGAGCGCCCUGCUGCAGGCACAGGUGCAGGAGAAGAAGAAGGAGUGUGCGCUGCAGCAGGUGCUGAGCGAAACGAGCCAGUUCCUGAGCACACACAUGCCUGGCGGCACCAAGCGGCCCAUUGCGACACAGGACAGCAACUCGAGUAACUCCAGCGAGGAGGAUGCGGGCAUAUCCCCCUGCAAGAAGGCGAAAUCCUCGCGCUCCUGCAAGGGCAAGAUCUACCAGGAGCUGGUCAACUCCGGCCAACUGGCGGCUGUGGCUAAAAAGAGCAAAAUCCGCCUGAAUAGCGGCGGACAAGCAGAUCCUGGCGUAGAUGCAGCCGUCAGCAGCCCCCACACGCAAGUGGAGAGCCUGGAGGUGGCCAACAGCCAGCAUCCAAGAAGCGUCUCCGAGUCGAGCAGCAGCGGCGGCGGCGGCAUCGCCGGCUUUGACCUAGAGGAGAAGAUCAAAGAACUGACGGCGCUCAGUCUGGAUGCCUACUUGCAGCGCAAGCGCAGCACCAAGAAAAAGAAGAAGUUUACGGCGGGCAAGAAGCAGCGCAACUCGAACAGCGCCAGUGCUGCGACAGUGUCCGCUGGAGCAGGACCAACAGCAGCCGCAGGUGCAGGUGCAGGUGCAGCAGUGAAAGCAGAGACCAUCGAUCUUGUGCGGAAGGAGGCACAGCGGCAGGCAGCGGCUGUGGGCAGUCAGAAGCGCAAGGCACGCAAGGAGAGCAUCACACGGCGCGACGUGAGCGCCAUUGAGCAGGAGGUGGCGUCCAUUCUGCCUUUGACCAUCAACGGGUGCUACAUCUUCGACCAGACCGCCGCCUGCCCGGAUGUGGCAGCGAAGGCAGCAAACAAUACGACGUCCCUGACCCUGUCCACCACUCCCUCCGCCUCCUCAUCGUCGUCGUCUGCGUCGCCGCCACUCUCUUCGGCCUCGUCGUCGUCAUCGUCCUCGUCAUCAUCGUCGUCGUCCUCCUCGCAGGCAGCUUUCGAUGUGACCUCUACCUCAGAUCUACUCAUACUGGCCGAAGUAGCCGCCAACCGCACUGAGCUGACCAAGUCCAACUAACAGGGGGGAAGCGGAUGAUGAUAAUGAUGCUGCCGCCUCCGUGCACCACCAACAUGCAACAAGCCACAACAAGCACCAGCACCAGCAGGAAGCACUGCUGCACCCCCCAUCCACCACCCUGCACUCUUUGUAUGUGUAUAAGUGUUGUGCAAUGCCAGAAAAUGUCUCUCUGCAAGCGUCGGGAAUCGUUGGUCGGUGGUGGUGGUGGUGGUGCGACAGAGACGGCAUAAUGAAGAAACAGACAUUCGUUGAUCUACAAUUUAGUCAAUAAUAUUAUGUAAAGAGAGUGGGAGACAGAGAGAGAGAGAGCGUAUGCGUAUGCGUGAGAGCGAAAAAAUUGAUAUAAUUUUAUUUAAUUUGUUGUGAUAGGCAACUCAAAUCGGUCGCGAUCGGUUCUAUGAUUAUCACAGCGCACGCAUCAUAUAUGUUUAUACAUAUGUAUACCAUAUUUUUUUUAUACAUAGAUGACUUGUUCUGUUUUUGUUUGUUAAGUUUCUCUUUGAUCGGGCCGCGUCCGAAAUUACCAACAGCUGGACCCUCAUUAAGUGUUAAUUAUUAUUAUUAUUAUAUUAUUUCUAAUAAUUAGUUGUAAUUUAUUACUAUAUGUGUCGAAACGCAAACAUUAUGCAAACAAAAAUAUAUUCAUCCAAAAAGUA